ACUGAGCGCUGACAGGCAGCAGGCUGGCCGGAGACCGUCGCUGCUGCCGCCGUUGUUUUUGCCGCUUCCGCCGGUUUCAGUCCACGUUGUGAGCUGCCGUCCGGAUACAAAGUGACACCAGAGCGGGACUUAAAUUCAGCUAAAGGAAAGAAACAACAGCCGCAAAGUGUUUCGGAGGCUUUGGACUCGCUGACCGGCUCAGCUUUCUCCUCUCCCGUCCUCCUCCCGGUCGUCAGCGGACAGUCGGUGGAGAGAGACUCUGACCGAGGAGCCGACAGCCGAGAGGUGUUGGACUGCAUGAAGAGGCCGAGUGACGGGACUCUGGACCUCCCCUAAAGCCUGGACAUGAGGUCGUUUAGAUCGUUUGCAAACGACGACCGCCACGUCAUGGCCAAGCACGCCAGCAUCUAUCCGGCCCCCGAGGAGCUGGAGGCUGUCCAGAUGUUAGUGUCCACUGUGGAGGGAGCCCUCAAGAAAGUUUCUGAUUGGAUGGAUGACCUCAGCAAAUCCUCAGGACAGGCGACCGCCGAUGAUGAGGCCGGGGACGACACAGUGGAGGAAGACGCUGCUGAGAAAAAGCUGGACGCCACCUCGGUGCUGUGUGGGGUGACGCGUGUCGGCCUGGUGGCCAAAGGCCUGCUCAUCAAAGGGGACAUGGACCUGGAACUGGUUUUGAUGUGCAGAGAGAAACCCACCAAACUGCUCCUCUACACUAUCAGCGCCAACCUGCCCCUGCAGAUCCAGACGAUGACGGACGACAAAUAUGAGGUGCGGUCGUGCGUGCCCGAGGCAGCCAUCCAGGUCUGCAGCACCAAAGACCCCCGACUCACGCUGAAGAUCACCCUCUCCUCCUUAGCCAUGAGGGAGGAGCAGGGCACCGCAGAAGAAGAGGAGGGCGAGCAGGACGCCGACAAACGGAGACAGGAGGACGAGGAAGAGGAGGACGUCCUGGACAAGCAGCGGUGCCAGGCGGCUCUGGCUUCACUCCGACACGCCAAAUGGUUCCAGGCCCGAGUCACAGACCUCAAGUCCUGCGUCAUCGUUUUGAGGAUCCUCAGAGACAUGUGCAACCGGCUGCCUGUGUGGCAGCCUCUCAAAGGAUGGCCUUUGGAGCUGAUCUGUGAAAAGGCCAUAGCCACCUGUAACCGGCCGCUGGGUCCAGGUGAAGCCCUGCGCCGCGUCAUGGAGUGCAUCGCCUCAGGGAUCCUCCUCCCAGGAGGUCCAGGAGUUCACGACCCCUGUGAGAGGGAGCCCACGGACGUCCUGUCUGACCUCAGCGCGCAGCAGGCCGACGCAGUCACGCACAGCGCUCAGCAUGCGUUACGCCUCCUGGCCUUUGGACAGCUUUACAAGGUCUUGAAUAUGGAUCCUCUGCCCGCCAGCAAGCCCUCACCGAGGCUGUUAGAAGGCGGCUGUCAGAAGAGGCUCCGGGAGGACGUCGGGUCGGACGACAGGGACUUCAUCAAAAGGAUGAAAGUGCUGGACUGGAGGAUGACUGAUCCAAACCACCCCAUGAACGCUCUGAUGCGUUUGAACCAGAUCCACCCGGGCCUUCAGUACCGCCUGCUGUCCCAGUCCGGCCCAGUACACGCUCCAGUGUUCACCAUGUCUGUGGAAAUCCAGGGAACCACCUACCAGGCCACAGGGAACUCCAAGAGAACUGCCAAGCUCCAAGUAGCCCUCAAGGCGCUGCAGGCUCUGGGCUACGUGCUCGGCAACGACGGGGACGUGGACUCGCUGAGCGCCGACGAGAAGUCAGACGGGGAAGGGAAGAACGACAGGAUGUCCACCAGCUCCAGCUCCACCUCCAUCACCUCCUCCACAGACACACAGGAGUCUAGAGCUCCUGGACCGAUCCUGACGGCGGGAGGUAAGAACCCGGUGAUGGAGCUGAAUGAGAAGCGCCGCGGCCUCAAAUACGAGCUGAUAUCGGAGAGCGGCAGCAGCUACGACAAACGCUUCAUCAUAGAGGUGGAGGUGGACAAGCAGGUUUUUCGGGGGACGGGUCCCAAUAAGAAAGUAGCCAAAGCCAGCGCUGCGCUCGCCGCUCUGAACAGCCUGUUCUCCGGCUCCAAGUCUACGACCAACAAGAAGAAACGGCCAAACCCUCCACCGAAGCGACCCGUGACCUCGGUCCUGACCCUCCCGGCCCUCGCCGCCAGACCUCCACGGGUCCCUGUUAUCCCCAGAGCUCCCUACAUCAGCACUCCACCCGCACAUGGAUACAUCCCACCAGGGUUUGGUGCUCCUUAUGGUUACAGCCCUGCAGGCGCCCUCCCUGCUUACGGUUUUCCCUCCAGAAUGCCCUCAGUAGUUGUCCCAGUCAUCAGAGUCCCCACAGCAUACCCCGUCUCCCACCUCUACCCCUAUUAGGACUCUCCCUCAUCCACUUCACAGGAAGUCACUUGUUAAAGGAAUAUCCUGAUUUUGGCUGCAGACUUUUAAGCAUCAAAUCAGGCAGUGGGAUCUUUGUGCAGCAUGCUCCCUCUGGGCUAAAAAACCAAGCUUCACAGUCAUGUUGUCAUCCAUGUGAACACAGAGUUUGACAAAAAAGCUCUUUUAUCAUCAGAACGCUACACAAUAAAAAGUUCUGCAUUCAGUGAGCAAACGCUGGUGAGGUAAAUAUUACAAAUUAAAGAGUCCUACAUGAACCGCUGGGUUAUAAAUUCAGCAGGGAACACUUAAAAGGACCCAGACAAAAAUAUAUUACGGUCUUCAGUAAAGAGCAACAAAUAAAUGGCCAUGAGCGGGUCUCCUAUUCCUAACAGUACAGGGCGACUGCGUGAAAAAAUCAAAUCUGUUCCUACAGUGUCAGAAAACGUUAUUGUAAUGAUCCAAAGAUGCUCUGUUGGAUUAAAUGAACAGGAUAUUGGGAUGUUUAGAGCUCAGUGUUAUUUUGUUCCCUUCAGUCAAAUAUUUAAUGAAGAUACUGCAGAGAAUGGAAUAAACGCGCAUUGCAAGGCCUCGAAGACAGUGAAUAUACAGUGAGGCCAGUGGGAAAUUAAACACACAAAAAUGUUUGGAAGGGAACUAAAAAAAGGACAAAAUCUCAGUUUGUACAGAGACUAACAAUUUAAAUCUACUUUAGUUCCCACUGAUUUGUUGUCAGUGUGCAGCCAGAGUUAAUGAGUGUACCACGUUCUGUUUGAAUGAAAAACUACUAAAUGUAGAGUAUAACAUGUAAAUAAGAAAACUGCUUAAAAGUUUACUUAAAAACAAGUAAAAAUAAGGGAACUAAAUGGACAAUACCUGCAAACUAACUAACUAUAACUCCAUUUUCAAAAUAGUCCUCAGAAUAAACACCUACCUUUUGAAUGAUUUAAAAAUAAAGUAAUUAGUACCUGAGGGAACUAAAUUAACAGCAGCUACGUAUUGACUACAAAGUAGCCAAUGUAGCAAACUAAAAUAUCCAUGAGAUUAUUGGAUCUAUUUUGAAUGAAAGAAACAGACGAUCAAACAUGCAGAAAUCGGGGAACUAAAUACGGAUCUGCAGGGAAGCAAAGAAUCCGACACUAAACACCGACGGUCAUCAGAGCACCAAAAACCCACCACAACACUAAACGCACAAAGUCGGGAAGUAACUGAAACUAAAAUCAGUCACUGUGGGCAAACGAAAGCAGGUUCCUGAGCUGUGAAAGUGAUCAGAGCUUCUUUGUUGAACUCCAAGUAUUCCUUUAACAAUCACUCGUGUAUGUGAAUGUUGUUUUGUAUUUUCACUUCUGUUUUCUGUUUCUGUGCAGAGGCAAAAAGGCAGGUUUACAAUAUUCGGUUGCACUGACAAACAUUUUCCUUUUGUUUGGAUAUCGAGUGUCCGAGUUUACACUUACUGUUGAGUAUGAGCCAUUUUGUGUUGAGUUCAAAUACUUUCUUUUCAGAGAGCUAUUUUAUGU